UGGGUGAGACGUACAUGGGCAACACGACCAUAGACGGCGUGGAGGUGGAUCAGUGGCGCUCCUGUAUGUACUGGGGAGAGGACCACGACAAUUUCACCCUGGACUAUUUUUUCACAAGACCCGGAUGGGCAGCUGGGGACAGGUACUCACCCAGUAUUAUCCCUCUAAGGGCAGAGCUUAAGGGCAUCAAAAACUAUGGAGGCGGGGUCACUGUCAAUUUGCAUCACAUCUACGAGUACCUGAACCUUCGAGUGUAUGCAAGUUUGAUGGAGGAAGAUUUUUCGCUUCCAUCAGGGAUGCAGUGCAAUGACUCACAACACGUGAAAACGAAACCAAUUCCAGAACUUCCAACCGCAAUGUUCUAUACAGAUGAAAUUGUUGUAGAAAACACGAUACUGGGUGUUGAUGUGUAUUAUGAUGAAGACUUAAUGCUGGUCAGGCAAGACAGGGUGGAGUUUAGUACUGUUGAUGACUUCAAUACUGGAAUGCGGUACGAGAUUGACCAAGAGCGUGGAAGCUGUGACUUGUUGAGUUUAUCUGAAGGCUUCGAUGUACAGACAAACCAAGAUCUGAUGGCGAUAAAGGGUCCUCAGGAGUUGUUUCUAUUGAAAGGCAACUUCACAUACACAGGUAUUGCUUUGAAUAGAGGUUUCAGGUGUGACCAAUGGUCUCGUAUCCUUAUGGGUCAGGGUUCAAAGGCGACUCACAUUGACGUGUUUUUCGCUAAUCCCAGAACUACAAUCCCACUUAAGCCUUCAGCAAUCAAAGGCCAUGUCGUCGCUGUGGUUACCAAGCAAGAGUUAAGUGUUGUAGAACACAACAUAAUGGGGAUGAGAGCUUAUCCUCGCUACAAAGUGGACCCAUUCGAUAUAAGUAUUUGUAAAGAAGAAAAAGCAAUCAAAGAGCUUCGCAUUGAAUUUUCAGGAUCCAAUCUGGAAAACCUCACAAGGAGUGUGGGGAAAGCGUUCAUGCAUCAGAGCAUAGCUAAGGCGGUUGUUAAAGCCGCAAAUGUCAGUCCUAUUCAGGUCACGUGGACAGAGAUUCGUGUGGUUGCUAACGGAAGCGCCCUCCAUUGGUAUGCGUCUCUGCUUGCCCCGGAGACAGAAGCCUUUCAAAGAAACGUUCAGAAAAACUUCAGUCUCUCUCUAGACCAGGCAUGGGAUAAUCUUCAGCGUGGGGUCGACAGCCCUUUAAAAAUAGAAUUCAAGAUCCCCUCAAAAAUACAAACCACAAUCUUGACUAGCAAACACCUCAGUGACAUAAAGGCAGAUUCAAAUCUGGUUCAGAGCCAAGACAGUGACCUGAGCCAGUUUCAUAAGCUGAACAAUAAAGUGCCAAAAAAUUUCGUUUCUCAAGAAAGCAUUAUCGUUGAUACUGAAAUAGAGUGUGCAAAGUUGUGUCUAAACAGGAUAUCCUACCAGUGUACAUCGUAUUUCUUCUGUCCUUUAAAUAAGAAAUGCCAGCUUAGUAAAUAUGACAAUCUCUCAAAGGCGCCAACGGAUGUUAGAAUAGGAUGCAGUACAAACGUACGAGACUAUUUGGUUGGGUUCAAGAAAGCUCCAGGUCUAACAUCGGUUCCAAAGAACCCACCACUCUUCAGUGACGUGGGAAGCGCCUCGAGGUGUGCCAAAAAGUGCAUUGACGAGACAUCUUUUACUUGUCAGUCGCUAGUAUACUGUGCCACGCCACAACUUUGCAGUCUAGGUGAUACUCAUUACAACGUGAGCGCCGUGUCGUCCGCUGUUUCUUCCAAAAGUAAUUGUUCGUUUUACUCCAGAAACGAUCUUCUUGACUACAACAAAUCUCCAUCUGUUACGUUUAACAACAUCAAUAAAGGCGAUUACAAACUUGUGCUGAUAGAUGGCGAUAGUCCUCAGCAAUGCGCACAGGCCUGCUCUAGCGAUGUUGACAACUGUCAUAGAUUCAGUUAUUGCGCCUCAAAUCUACAGUGUAUCUUAGACACAGACAUAUCAGGACAAACACCAUCUCUGGUGAGGCAAGAUGGGUGUGACAUUUACUCUAUGGCGGAGAACGCUUGGAGGCAAAAACAAGGAAAUCAGGAGUCGAGGACGGGCCAGGACUCUGGUUCAUAUUCAGAUGGCUCAAUGGCAGGGCUCGCUGUGGGUAUACUGGUCGUAACUAUUGUUUUGGUUAUUGGAAUCGUCUUACUAUUAGCCAAAAGGGGAAUUUGGAAUGGUUUCAAAAUUGUCAUUUAACAGGACAACGAAAUAAAAAAGACACAAAAAAACAUGCCCCAUUAUGGUCAGAUGUUUAUCUACACAUAUGCCGGAUACACGAUGUCCGUCUUUAGGUUUGGCUUUUGUUUGCAUAAAAAGUGCUCCGGAUAACGCUAAGGGGUCUGUUUGCUCUCUAACCUCAGCCAGGUGGGUAGCCGUUCUCACAGCAUUAUUGCUACCUUAGAAUUACAAAAUGCUAUCUGACAUUUUUGGCCGUUUUGAGUUACUAAUAUCAUGAGGUCAGAAACCAAUUACUUUAUAUGCUCUACUAAAUUUGUAAAAACAUUCAGAGUACUUAUCAAGAUAUUAAAAAUUAAAUUUGAAAAAGCUUGACAAGUUGCGCAACUUAUACUGUUUAACGUCAAAUUUCUCAAAACUAGGAACCUGGCUGUUAGAAUUCUAUGGUAGCGAUAUGUUGAUGUCAUAGACUUGUAUUGUAAUACCAAAGGCUGUGUACUCGGAGGUAAUUCCGGUUCACCAAGGGCUCCACUAUUUGAGUUUAUUUGGAACCAAAUGAAGAACAACGAGGGAAAGUUACACUUGCACUGGACUACAGCGAGACUGGUAUUUUGCCUUUCAUUUGAGUGGGCAUAAUACGCGACG